AGCGCCGCCUCCUGCCGGCCGCCGUGCCCCUCUUCCCCUCUCCGGCAGCGAAGGGUGAGGGCGGACGACGAGAGCUCGUGAGAAGGCGGGGCGAGGGGAUGCAGCCCAAGAUCAGCGCGUUCUUCAAGCGGCAGGAAACGGCCCCAGAUCCGAACAGAUGCAUUGGCACAUGUGCUACACGGGGAGAAGCAACUUGUGAUUCCGUUCUCAUUUCCGCGAGUUUGCGCAGUGGCGGUGGCGAGGGGCACGGGCAGGGAAGCGGCGGCGGCGCCGCGGCGGAGGAGAAGCGGAAGCCCAAGGGCGGCGGGCGCGGCGAUCUUGUCAGCAAGAAGAGGAGCUACGCGCAGUUCCAUCUGGAGCUGGGGCAGCCCGAUUUCGUCCUCCACACCUGCUCCGUCUGCGGCAUGAUGUACGCCCGUGGGAACGACGACGACGAGAAGGUUCACAAGGCGUACCACAAGAGCUACUUCGAGGGAGUCCCGUUCAAGGGCUGGCGAAAUGAGACUGUGAUUGCAAGGUCUGAAGGCGGAGAUCGGGUAAUUCUCGCGACUGAUGAGAAUUCUCAUAUGUGGAACAGUAAGGUCAAGGAGGUGAUCGCAGUGGUGGAGAAGGAGCUGGGAUUUGCUGAAGGGAAACUCCUGCAUAAACUUUGCAAGGUUUAUCUGUACAUAUCUGGCCAGAGAAUUGUGGGCUGCCUUGUCACUGAACCAAUAAAAACAGCGCAUAGAGUUAUCCCGAGCUCCAAGGAAGAAAGCCAUAGUGAUUUGCUGCCUAAUAAUAAUGAAUCGAGGAAAACAGAUCAUACAUUAGAGUUUGGCAAAAUCAGCUUCAAGAGGGAAAUCAUAAGACGGAAUAAUCCUUCGGUCGAGAACAAAGGAGAGUGUCAGGAUCCUGGUGCUAUAAUCUGUGAUAAGGAAGCUGUUCCUGCACUUUGUGGAUUUCGUGCCAUCUGGGUUGUACCAUCACGGAGAAGAAAACGAAUAGGCUCCAAACUAAUGGAUGUUGCAAGAAAAACCUUCUGUGAAGGCGGGACUUUGGGGAUUUCCCAGUUUGCUUUCUCACCCCCAACCUCCUCCGGGAAAGCGCUAGCAUGCCGCUACUGCAAGACCAGCGCAUUCUUAGUCUACAAGGACAUGGAUGUAUAAAAGAUGUACACUAGAAGCCCCCCUCUGAAACUCUCUCUCCAUUGUAAAAUACUUUAAAUUAUUGCCACAUCUGGAACUUAUCUGCUUGUAUUCAGUUUGACUGGAAAAUACUGAUGUUUCUAGCUUCUCUUUGCGACAAGUAA